CAGCGGCCGGGACGGCGACGGCGGCGACGGCGGCGACGACAGCGUGCGACAGCUGCAGGAGUGCGCACCCGUGUACGAAAGGCUCCAGGCAUGCUUGAUCAAUACCAACCGGGACUGGAAGAAUUGCCAAGAUGAGGUGAAGGCGCUCAAGGCGUGCCACGAGCACCGCAGAGCAUAUUCCCUUGCACAAACCAGAAUGGUAAAGGGGGAGUAGUUAUAACGGCAGGCGGCGGCCGCGUAUGAUAAAACAGCAGGUCAGGUGUGUGGGGUGACCCGUUGUGACCGGUCGUGGCGCUGCCGGCCAACCGGCGAUAGGCGGUCAAUGUGUAAUUUCAAUUUAGCCGAGAGGGGAAUUUUUUCUACUAGUUUAACCGCGGCCAUGGCUGCAUGGUGCCAUGGCGUCCAUGGCGAGGUCAUCAUGGUCAUGGAUGCUGGGCAUCUGCACUUGGAAUGAGGAGUCUGAGGGAGCUAACUUUCUGUGCGGCGGAUGAUACGCAGGAGCAGGAGCAGCAGCACCAUGGUGUGCCUCUUGGAGUGUUUGGAGUGUGCAGAGACAAGAAAGGCAAGGAGGGUCCUGAAUGAAUAGCAGGACCCAUGUUGGCGAACCGGCCCGUGUGUGUUCUAUGCCGGACACCUACGGCCACGCGCUGUUCGCUUUGCAAGGCAGUCUACUACUGCACCUUGGAGUGUCAGGGGAAGCACUGGAAGCAAGGCCAUCGGUUGGAAUGCCCCAGAAAGGUUGUGGUCAGCAGAGACAAGAGAGAGCAUGCCUUGUGUGCUCUUGACGGAACCCUUGCCAAGCCAAAGAAGAUUUUAUUCCCGUACAGGGACUUCCUCAAGUUUUUUAGCUGCAACAUUUCCAAGGUGCCUUGCGGAUUGAUCAACUGCGGCAACAGUUGCUACGCGAAUGUGGUGCUGCAGUGCCUAGCCUCCACCAGGCCGCUAGCUGCUUAUCUUCUGCAUGGGAUGCACCAGGAAGCUUGUCAGCGGGAGGGCUGGUGUUUUAUGUGCGAGCUGGAGGACCACGUCCAAAAGGCGUUCAAUAACCAGAUGCCCUUCUCCCCUAUCAAGAUCUUGUCCAGGCUGAGGAGCAUAGGGAACAGCCUCGGUUACGGCAGGCAAGAGGAUGCUCAUGAGUUUAUGCGGUUGGCCGUGGAUUGCAUGCAGAAGAUUUGUCUCGACGAGGCUGGGGGAGAGACCACUCUGGAUGCCCGCACUCAAGAGACAACGCUUAUUCAGCACAUAUUUGGUGGAUACCUCCAGUCCCAGGUGGUGUGUUGCCAGUGCCAGCAGCGGUCGAAUCUGUACGAGAACAUGUUGGACCUGAGCGUGGGUAUUCAGGGGAAUGUGGAGUCGUUAGAGGACGCGCUCAAGCAGUUCACGUCCCCCGAGUGGCUGGAUGGCGACAACAAGUACAGGUGCGACCGCUGCAACGCUUAUGUUCGGGCAAAGAAACGCCUGUCAGUUCACGAAGCACCCAACAUACUGACCAUCGCCUUGAAGCGUUUCCAGGGCGGAAAGUUCGGUAAGAUCAACAAGAAGGUCACCUUCCCUGAAGAGCUGGACAUGGUCCCUUACAUGUCCGGCACGGUGGAUACUCCCCCAGCAUACAAGCUCUAUGCGGUGGUUGUGCACGUGGACAUGCUCAACGCGUCCUACUUUGGGCACUAUGUGUGCUACGUGCGAGCUGGCAACGGGGCGUGGUUUAAAGUCGAUGACAGCAAAGUGAAGGAGGUAGACCAAAUCAGGGUCAUGUCCCAGAAAGCCUACAUGCUACUCUACCGCCGGUCAUCACCACGGCCACGGCCCGUCGUGGAUGGCGCCGCAACGCCGUCGACGUCCGAUUCAAGGGGGAGCUGCCGCGAGGAGGUGACAACAGCUCACAACCACCCGGGCAGCCCAGUCAAGAGCAGGGAAAAGGUGAUAGCCUCCCGCACGGGGACGAAGCAGGUAUUGUUAGAGUCGUCAGACAGCUCCCUUGAAUCUGGGUUUGCGAAUCAUAUGAUGAAUGGGACGGCGCAGAGGGCUGGCAAGAGGAGGUGGCAGCAGGCGCACGCGAGUCGACAAGGCGGUCAUAGGUCGCCAUGCUCGUGCACUGAUGACGCCUGCUGCUCUUCCGCCGUCCCCAAGCCAGAUGAGGAGCAAGAGCAAGCUGCUGCGUAUGAGUCGCCGGACAGGGAAGGAGUGGGGGAUGCCAUGGAAUGUAGCCUCUUUCAGAGCAGCAUUACGUCAGAAGACGUGCAAGUACAUAACACGGACAACUUAACGCUAGUAAGCGACGGCGGUGGUGGUGGCCAUGGGAAUGGGGGGGUUGACGGGCAAAGAAGCCAGGAUAAGCGGCCACGGACCGGCACUGCUAGUGAUGAUUGGUCGCCUCGGCGCCCGUUUGUGGGCGGCCUAGAUUAUUUGACAAGGCCUGACGACGAGGAGCUCCUCGUAGCUCCCGAUAGUCUUCCUGCAACAGCUUUAGCAGGUUUGAGCGAGAAUUCCAGGUCCAUGUUGAGACGAGGCUUUUUGAACAGACCAUAGCCAUGGUCUCUUGUUUUGCCCCCUUUUUUUCUUUCGUCGCUAGUUCCUUGGAAUAUUGAAACCGAGUUGAGGA